AUGAACAAGGCAGAGAGGAGUGUAGUGCCCACGCAGUGUGAUGACCCUAAGCCAGGGAGCGUAGUGCCCACGCAGUGUGAUGAGACUAAGCCAGGGAGCGUAGUGCCCACGCAGUGUGAUGAGACUAAGCCAGAGAGCGUAGUGCCCACGCAGUGUGAUGAGACUAAGCCAGAGAGCGUAGUGCCCACGCAGUGUGAUGAGACUAAGCCAGAGAGUGUAGUGCCCACGCAGUGUGAUGAGACUAAGCCAGGGAGCGUAGUGCCCACGCAGUGUGAUGAGACUAAGCCAGAGAGUGUAGUGCCCACGCAGUGUGAUGACUCUAAGCCAGGGAGCGUAGUGCCCACGCAGUGUGAUGAGACUAAGCCAGGGAGCGUAGUGCCCACGCAGUGUGAUGACUCUAAGCCAGGGAGCGUAGUGCCCACGCAGUGUGAUGAGACUAAGCCAGAGAGCGUAGUGCCCACGCAGUGUGAUGAGACUAAGCCAGAGAGUGUAGUGCCCACGCAGUGUGAUGAGACUAAGCCAGGGAGCUGUGAUGAGACUAAGCCAGAGAGUGUAGUGCCCACGCAGUGUGAUGAGACUAAGCCAGAGAGCGUAGUGCGAACGCAGUGUGAUGAGACUAAGCCAGAGAGUGUAGUGCCCACGCAGUGUGAUGAGACUAAGCCAGGGAGUGUAGUGCCCACGCAGUGUGAUGAGACUAAGCCAGAGAGCGUAGUGCCCACGCAGUGUGAUGAGACUAAGCCAGAGAGUGUAGUGCCCACGCAGUGUGAUGAGACUAAGCCAGAGAGUGUAGUGCCCACGCAGUGUGAUGACUCUAAGCCAGGGAGCGUAGUGCCCACGCAGUGUGAUGAGACUAAGCCAGAGAGUGUAGUGCCCACGCAGUGUGAUGAGACUAAGGCAGAGAGUGUAGUGCCCACGCAGUGUGAUGACUCUAAGCCAGGGAGCGUAGUGCCCACGCAGUGUGAUGAGACUAAGCCAGGGAGCGUAGUGCCCACGCAGUGUGAUGAGACUAAGCCAGAGAGUGUAGUGCCCACGCAGUGUGAUGACUCUAAGCCAGGGAGCGUAGUGCCCACGCAGUGUGAUGAGACUAAGCCAGGGAGCGUAGUGCCCACGCAGUGUGAUGAGACUAAGCCAGGGAGCGUAGUGCCCACGCAGUGUGAUGAGACUAAGCCAGAGAGUCCAGGGAGCGUAGUGCCCACGCAGUGUGAUGAGACUAAGCCAGGGAGCGUAGUGCCCACGCAGUGUGAUGACUCUAAGCCAGGGAGCGUAGUGCCCACGCAGUGUGAUGACACUAAGCCAGGGAGCGUAGUGCCCACGCAGUGUGAUGAGACUAAGCCAGGGAGCGUAGUGCCCACGCAGUGUGAUGAGACUAAGCCAGGGAGCGUAGUGCCCACGCAGUGUGAUGAGACUAAGCCAGGGAGCUGUGAUGAGACUAAGCCAGAGAGUGUAGUGCCCACGCAGUGUGAUGACUCUAAGCCAGGGAGCGUAGUGCCCACGCAGUGUGAUGAGACUAAGCCAGAGAGUGUAGUGCCCACGCAGUGUGAUGAGACUAAGGCAGAGAGUGUAGUGCCCACGCAGUGUGAUGACUCUAAGCCAGGGAGCGUAGUGUCCACGCAGUGUGAUGAGACUAAGCCAGGGAGCGUAGUGUCCACGCAGUGUGAUGAGACUAAGCCAGAGAGUGUAGUGCCCACGCAGUGUGAUGACACUAAGCCAGGGAGCGUAGUGCCCACGCAGUGUGAUGAGACUAAGCCAGGGAGCGUAGUGCCCACGCAGUGUGAUGAGACUAAGCCAGGGAGCGUAGUGCCCACGCAGUGUGAUGAGACUAAGCCAGAGAGUGUAGUGCCCACGCAGUGUGAUGACUCUAAGCCAGGGAGCGUAGUGUCCACGCAGCGUGAUGAGACUAAGCCAGAGAGUGUAGUGCCCACGCAGUGUGAUGACUCUAAGCCAGGGAGCGUAGUGCGAACGCAGUGUGAUGACACUAAGCCAGGGAGCGUAGUGCCCACGCAGUGUGAUGAGACUAAGCCAGAGAGCGUAGUGCCCACGCAGUGUGAUGACACUAAGCCAGGGAGCGUAGUGCCCACGCAGUGUGAUGAGACUAAGCCAGGGAGCGUAGUGCCCACGCAGUGUGAUGACACUAAGCCAGGGAGCGUAGUGCCCACGCAGUGUGAUGACACUAAGCCAGGGAGCGUAGUGCCCACGCAGUGUGAUGACACUAAGCCAGGGAGCGUAGUGCCCACGCAGUGUGAUGACACUAAGCCAGGGAGCGUAGUGCCCACGCAGUGUGAUGACACUAAGCCAGGGAGCGUAGUGCCCACGCAGUGUGAUGAGACUAAGCCAGGGAGCGUAGUGCCCACGCAGUGUGAUGAGACUAAGCCAGGGAGCGUAGUGCCCACGCAGUGUGAUGAGACUAAGCCAGGGAGCGUAGUGCCCACGCAGUGUGAUGAGACUAAGCCAGGGAGCGUAGUGCCCACGCAGUGUGAUGAGACUAAGCCAGGGAGCGUAGUGCCCACGCAGUGUGAUGACACUAAGCCAGAGAGCGUAGUGCCCACGCAGUGUGAUGAGACUAAGCCAGGGAGCGUAGUGCCCACGCAGUGUGAUGAGACUAAGCCAGGGAGCGUAGUGCCCACGCAGUGUGAUGAGACUAAGCCAGGGAGCGUAGUGCCCACGCAGUGUGAUGAGACUAAGCCAGAGAGCGUAAUGCCCACGCAGUGUGAUGAAACAGUCCCACGCAUGCUAGAGUUAUCGCCAGCCGUACAAUUAACUAUUAUUCUUUGCCGCAGUAUCGGCAGAAGGCUUCUCGGAAUUCCGACUCAUUCUUCUGCUCAGUGUAAGUAA